AUGGCAGAAGACCAUCGGGAUCGGGGACCGCCAAGACACGACCAAUCCAGCGAGUCCCAGUACCCGCCGCCUCCAGGAGAAGAAGACGAUCGUUCAAGAGGGAUACCGUAUCAUCCUCGACCCCAGAUGGCAUCCGGUACAGUGACUUUGCCGUCCAUCCAGGACCCGCAAGGUCCGUAUGGGCCUCCCGCAGGCAGAGCGUGGGACCCGCGCGCCAGCAGUUAUGGACAUUCACCAAAUUCUUCAAAUGGGUAUGCAUCGCCUCCUGGCAAUGCGCCAAGCCAUCAGAGUAGCUACUCUCCUUCGAGUGGCGGGAGCGCCUAUCCUCCUCCUGCGGGACAUCCGUAUCUACCCCCAGUCCAGCCUCAUCCGAAUGACGCUAGGGCACCUUAUCCUCCUCCAGAUCCUCGGGGUGCGCCUUACUAUUCUUCCCAGAGGCAGCCGCCACCUUACAACCCAAACGGGUAUGACUACGCUUACAGACCAGAGCGUGGCCCGCCGGGCAGCUAUCCACCAGAUUAUGCAAGAGCUGGUCCUGGGCAGGCUGUGAUGCAACAGACCGCUCCCAGACAGAGAACUUCGAUAGCCUGCAGGUAUUGCAGAAGACGGAAGAUAAGAUGUAGCGGCUAUCAAAAUUCACCGGGAGGCAAAUGCACGAACUGCAUCAAGAUGAACCAGGAUUGCAUUUUCCAGCCAGUCUCUUCUUCCGCAUCUACAGCAUUCGUCCCAGUAUCUGCAUUACAGAACGGCAUUCCCCCUGGAACCCCCCUUUAUGGAGCCUACGGACAGCCACUGAGUGGUCCUUCGAAUGUUCCACCGGGAGGUCCGUAUCAGGCGAGCCCGCCUCAGUAUGAUCAACCAUUGCCGUCUCCUACUGGAUCAUUUGGUGGUUAUCCGGACGAAAGGGCAGAAGCUGGCAGGAGAAGGCAAAGACCGCCUGAGGAGGAUCAUGCGAUGCGUUUGCCGCCACCAAAUUCUUUUCCUGAAGAUGGUUCAAGGCGGCGUUCUCCUUCCUCGAGCAACAGUCCAAACCAUCUUCCGCCGUAUCAGACUCUUCCAAACCAACCUGGACAGCAGCAAUCUGGACAACAACCUGGGUUUGACAACAGAACACCGCCGCCUCGAGGCAGUCCGUCGGGCCCUUCUAGUGGAGGCACCUCGGUUAUGAGUUUGGGCAACAUCAUGGAUUCUAACGACAUCGAUCGCGGCAUGUUGGGGAGGUUAAAUCGACAGAACAAGUAG